AUGCAACCACCCGCGGCCAAAGAGGUCGGGUACAAGGACCCGCGGGAGCGAGCCCGGAGGGGCACUCAGGGCGCAGGGUCCAGUGAGGAGCGCGCCAUGGGGGCACCCAAGGGGGCGCCCACGGGGGAGCCCCCCAAGCCGGGCUGGACCCUAACGCAGGAGGGGCUGGAGGCCAUGCACCCCGCGCAGUGCCACCGCCACCUGCUCUUCGGCGACUUGCUUGAGGACGUGGGCGCGGUCACUUCCAUCUUCCCGCGCGAGUCGGUGGAGCUGGGGUACCGUAUGCCCGACCUGUGGGCGUGGACGCAGUCCCUCGAGCCGCCCGCGGCGCGCCAGGACCGGCUCCUCGGCGUCCUCAAGGCGGCGGAGGAGAUCUCGCUCCUCAUCCUGCGCCAGAAGUCCGCGCGCGCCGCCAUGCGGCUGGAGCUGUUUCUGCCGCCGCAGCUGAAGCCCACGCGGAUCCCCGACCCCCUGAACCGUCAAGAGCGGAGGCGCGUAGAGACCAUCCUGGAGGAGAAAGUCGAUGGCAGCAUCUUCCCACGUUGA